CCCAUCUAUUUCGAUCAACGCUCACUGAAACAUCUACAUUCUCCACACGUUGAGCUAAUCCAUGGCGGCCUCCUCCACCAAACGCUUCCUGCCAUGCGUACUCCUCCUCGUGGCCGUCUCCCUCAACGGCUGCUUGUCAGCCCACAGCCUCGCCGACGAUGGCGUGGCUGACAACAAUGACGAUCUGAUGCUAGCAAGGUUCCAGCAGUGGAAGGCGGAGUACGACAAGUCGUACGCAACCGCCGAGGAGGAGCUUCACCGUUUCCAGGUGUACGCCAGCAACGUGCGCUACAUCGAGAGCACCAACGCCGACGCCGAGGCGGCCGGGCUCACGUACGAGCUCGGCGAGACGGAGUACACCGACCUCACCAACGAGGAGUUCAUGGCCCUGUACACGGUGCCCCCGCAGACGCAGCUAGCUGAAGAAGACGACGACGAGGACAUGGCAGUGAUCACGACGCGCGCCGGGUCGGUCGAUGCCACCGGCCACGCGGCGGCGUACACGAACCUGUCCGCCGCGCCGGCGAGGGUGGACUGGCGCACGAAAGGCGCCGUGACGCCGGCAAAGAACCAGGGCUCGUGUGGGUCGUGCUGGGCCUUCGCGGCGGUGGCCGCAGUGGAAGGGAUCAACAAGAUCCGGACGGGGAAGCUCUUGUCCCUGUCGGAGCAGGAGCUCGUGGACUGCGACACGCUGGACAAGGGCUGCAAGGGCGGCAUGCACUACCGCGCGCUGCAGUGGAUCACCAAGAACGGCGGCAUCACCACGGAGAAGGACUACCCGUACAAGGCCCGGCAGGGCAAGUGCGACCGCUCCAAGCUGAAGCACCGCGCCGCCACCAUCUCCGGGUUCCGGCGGGUGGCCACCCGGAGCGAGGCGUCGCUGCAGAACGCGGUAGCGAUGCAGCCCGUCUGCGUGUCCAUCGAGGCCGGGGGCAGCAACUUCCAGCACUACAAGAAGGGCAUCUACAACGGGCCCUGCGGGACCAAGCUCAACCACGCCGUCACCGUCGUCGGGUACGGACAGCAGGGCAGGGACAAGUACUGGAUCGUCAAGAACUCGUGGGGGGGCAAGUGGGGAGACAAGGGCUUCAUCAAGAUGAAGAAGAACAUCGCCCGUAAGCCGGAGGGACUGUGCGGCAUCGCCAUCCGCCCUUCCUUCCCACUCAAGAAGAAGUGAUAUGUUUUCCUUCUUCUCAGUCAACCUAGCUAUAUGGUGGAGUCAAACUUCGUAUUUUCAUUUUUUUUACUCCUGUUACUUGUUAAACUUGUUUUUUGUCCGAAGUCAUAUGUGUAAUAAGACUCACCAUGUUUGAAGGCGAUAUGCAAUUAAAGUCAGGAGGAUUCUUGACUAGCUGAA